ACAGCCAGAACUUGUAUGGAGAAGACGAACGCUUUGGAGUCAGACCUUGAAUACCUGAGGAAUGACCCGCCUUACCCUGAGAAGACUGCGUGUAUCAUCAAAUGCCUGUUGGAGAAGAUUGGUAUUGUGAAGAAUAACAAGUAUUCUAAACAAGGCUUCGUCACCGCCGUAACACCAUUGGUGUUUAAAAAUAAAAAGAAGAUGGAACAUAUGAAGACGGUGUCCGAAAAUUGCGACAAGGAGGUAAAACACAGCGGCACUGCGGACUGUGAACUCGCAAACGAGAUCGUUACGUGCGUCUAUAAAUAUGCGCCGGAGUUGCAUAUGAAGGCAUGA